AUGGGUGGAAUCUUACCCGAUUAUCUUGGUAACUUGUCCACUACAUUAGUAGAAUUAGAUUUGGGAACAAACCAAAUUUAUGGGAGUAUUCCACUAGGAUUGUUUAAUCUCGUUGGCUUAAGACGAAUAAACUUACAAGGAAACCUACUGACCGGACAUCUUUCACCUCAAAUCGGAAAGCUAGCAAAACUAGAAAUAUUUUCAUGUAUAGGCAAUCGUCUCAUAGGAAGUAUUCCUGACUCGAUUGGAAAUUUGUCGCGGUUGAGUUCAUUGUGGUUGGGUGAAAACAACUUCAAUGGGAUGAUACCGUCGAGUCUUGGGCAGUGUACAAAUUUAUUAGACUUGUAUCUAAGCCAAAACAACCUCACCGGACUAGUACCUCCUCAAUUAUUUCUUUCUUCUUCGACCUUGAUUUAUUUUUACUUGGAUAGCAAUCAAUUGCAAGGUGAACUCCCCGAAGAAAUCGGUCAGAUAAAAAAUUUAAUUCAAUUUGUCAUACACAAAAAUGCAUUCUCUGGGGAGCUUCCUAGUAGCCUUGGAAGCUGCACCGCCAUUGAUGUUAUAGAUGUGGGAGCUAACUUCUUCACUGGAUCCAUCCCUGACUCGUUCAAGUCAUUAACUAGUUUGAGUUAUUUAAAUGUAGUGCAUAACAAUCUUUCUGGUCAGAUUCCAAAUUUCUUGUCCAAGUUUCCGUUGAUGACAAUAGAUUUGUCUUUCAAUAGCUUCCAAGGAGAGGUUCCUACCAAAGGGGCUUUUGCAAAUUUAAGUGCUCUCAAUAUUUCCGGGAACAAUCAACUUUGUGGAGGAGUUCCUAACCUUCAUUAUUUUCCAAGGUGUUUGCCCAAAUCUACUUCGGAUAAUAGAGGAUCUAAAUAUAAGGUGUUUGUCGAGAUUGUGACCAUUUCAAUAGCUUCAUUGGUUUUAAGUGUGUCCAUAUUAUCAUUAGUGUACUUCCUACUUUGUUCAAGGAGAAAACAAAACAAAUUGUCAUAUGGAUCGGGUAUGAGCUUGACAGAGCCCUUCUCCAAAGUAUCUUAUGAUAUGCUUCUCAAAGCAACUGAUAGCUUUUCGGAAGCAAACUUACUUAGUGCGGGUCAUUUUGGGUCUGUUUACAAAACGGUCCUUGAUCUAGAGAGUAACAUGGUUGUAGCUAUUAAAGUUAUUAGACUUGUGCAGAGAGGAGCUUCCAAAAGUUUCAUGGCCGAGUGUGAAGCAUUAAGAAGUCUCCGUCAUAGGAACCUUCUUAAGAUUGUCACUGUUUGCUCGAGUACUGACUUUCAAGGCAAUGAUUUCAAGGCUUUGGUGUACGAGUAUAUGACUAAUGGAAGUUUUCAUCAUUGGAUUCACACAGAUCCAAAUUUGAGAACCUUAAGUCUACUUCAAAGGGUAGAGAUUGCAAUUGAUGUGGCGAGGGCACUAGAUUAUCUGCACAAUGAUUGUGACGAACCUAUCAUUCAUUGCGACCUAAAACCAAGCAACAUUCUCCUCGACGAUGACAUGGUUGCUCAUGUUGGGGACUUUGGGUUAGCAAGAUUCCAUUUACGUGCACGCGCAAAUGAUAGCAGCUCCGUUGCUGUCAAGGGAACAGUUGGGUAUGCCGCUCCAGGUAAGAACAAAAUAAUAUGGGUUAACACUAUACUAAUAUGUUCAAUCUUUUUAUCUUUUUAUUUUUAUUUUUUUAAUAAAUGUAUAUAUCUUUUCUCUACUUUAAUAAUAAGCUCUGUUUUUUGACAGAGUAUGGUGUGGGAAGCAUGGUUUCUAAAGGAAGGUGAUGUUUACAUCUACGACAUUGUGCUGUUAGAGUUGAUGACUUCCAAAAAUCCCACUGAUAGGAUGUUUGAAGGAGCUUUAGACCUACGUAAUUAUGCUAAAUCGGCAACAAUGCCUAAUCAAUUGAUAAACAUCAUUGACCCAAGGCUUUUAGACAAUGAAGUUGGUAAUUUAAGUGAAGGAAAUGAAGGGGAAGUUUUAGCAGAAAAUGAAAGAAAAAUGAAGUGCAUAAGGUAUGUCAUUGAAUCGGAGUGAAAUGUUCCGUAGAGUCACGACAAGAUCGAAUGAGGAUUAAUGAUGCGAUUGAAGAGUUACAAGUAACAAGGAAUGUUCUCCUUAAAGAACUACAUAUCAUCCGUGCAAUGCACAUUACGAGGGAUCUUGCUGGUUAAAUAAGCACCGUAUUAUAUGACUAAUCCAAGACAUACACAGAAAAUUGAUUCAGA